UAGAACUUUAGUCGGUGACCUUUCUUUGUCGUAUAGUGCUCGACAAUCUGGCGAAAACGCGUGAACCAUCCGUACCAUAAUGUGCUGUAGGAAAAUUCCUGCCCUCCCGGUAGUGUGAUUUUACGAAGGAGCAGAAGUAGGUGUCUCCUAAGUUAUUAGCGCGUUGCGUUUUCGCAUUUUUUCACGGGUAAUGCAACCAAGGGAUGAGCAGGAGUUUCUAUACUAACAUAGCACAUUUCGUUGACCGCAUUUUUUACUCGCAUUUUACUUGAAUAAAAAAACGGGUAAUAAGAAAACCUGAAAAGGCUCACUACUUUGCGCCUUUCUAUUACGACUACAAGCAUCGAUUUUGGAAUUACAGCUGUGGGUCUAAGCGACAAGCAAAAGCAGAACUCAUGGCGGACCUCCAGCCGCUCGCCGUUGUCCUUGCAGUUGGAUUUGUUACCGCUGUAUUUGUCUUUAUCGUGGAGCAAACUUUGCACAUCGGUGGCGUGAAUGAAGUCGACGGGAAAAACAUCGAUGAUUACUACUUUAUCGCCGUGUUGCAGGGGUUCUACGUUUUCGCACUAGCAAUUUGUCUGCUGGAUAUGUACACGCACAAGGUUUUGCUGAAGCAGGUGCCGGAGCGGUUAACGCUCGCGAACGCAGCGACGGCCGAAACUGCGAGUAGGAUCGUUAACAUCGUCUACGCUUUAUCACUGGUCGCUUUUCUGGUCCUCCCGCCAGGGUUUGCAGUCGCGUACGAGCUGUUUGGAGCAGCACCUGCAUCAGAUGCAGUUGGAAACUUUCCCAGUAGCACGACUCCACUCCACGACGAGGACAGUCUUCCAGUCGGAACGGUUCUGAGCGUGGUGCCCCCGAUUUGCCUCGCCCUUCUGUUUUUCCUGGACCACGAGCGGUAUUGCAGAAGACAAGGAACUACGGUGUUUCUCCCCGCCGUUGUCCUCGCGUACGAUGGGAAAUACGCCCCCACCGCAGCGGGAAAGCUACGGACGCCGGGAACCAUUGCCUUGUUGCAAUUUUACUUGAUGUCGAUCUACCUACACACGACCUGCAAGCGGUUUUUUCGAGGUAAAGAGAGGGGAACUAGAAAACCGUACCCGAUGUUUCGUGUCGCCGCGGAGCUGAUUGCCGUGUUUCUCCUGUUCCUGUCGCCACUCGCUGUAAUGAGCCUGCUGCACGAAAUCCAACUUUUGACCCUGAACGGACCCUGGUACGCAUUUGUGCCGAUUUACGUGUCCUAUGGAGGUGAAAACUGAUAUUGUCCUCCACCCGACAACGUCACUAGUACGCGCUAUUUGUUGUGACGUCGCGAUGCAGGUCUUUGAGAAGAAGUGUUACAAACAUUAUUGUAUGCGACAGCAAAUAGACAUUUUCAACUCUCGUGGAGUUCGGAGGGAGAGUCACAUUUUCACCUUGACACGCUCUUGCUGCUAUUGACGGUUUGCCAUCACGGGAUUCCGAUGUGGGACGAGCUUUUUGACACGGUGAUUGACCAGGAACGCACGACGUCACGGAAUGGCGGCCUGAGAACCGUGACACGCUCGGUUCGUAUACUGGAGAACGUGUUUCAUCUCGUGCUGUUGUUUUACCUCUUCUCGCACGCCUGGUGGGGGAUCGCAUACCGAGACUGGCUGUUGGGGCUACCGGGCGUGUCACCACUUGUGCUGCUUUUAGCCUGCUUUCAUGUUGUCGCACUGUGCGUCUACGGAAAGAAUUCGGAGGCGCUGAUAUGGCAAAGUUCCAGCGGGAGGCCGGGCAGUACCGCGCUGGGGACGGCUUUGUUGGGUGGCGACCGAACCAGGAUGUGA